GAGGAGAGUGUCCGUUGCUACGCAACCACACGCUAAACCACCCAGUGUGGAUUCUUCUUCGGAGACAUUAGCGCAUUAAGGAACUAAAGCUAUUUUUUUCACUUUGUUUUUCUCAGUGUAUUUACACUUUGCCACCAGAAGUGAAGCAGCUGAACAUGAUGUGGAGGUAAACACCGAGCCAUCAUGUCGGACGACGAGAGUACGCCUUCGUUUCUUGACGACGUCAGAGUAAAGUUUGUCGAAGAGAAAGUGUGUUUGUUUUUACGACUGCAGCGUCAAACGUGGAGUAAAAGUGCAGCCAGUCAAGAGUUCCAGAGACUGUUGGCCGACCUUUUUGAACAUUACUCUGCUGUUUAUUUCUCUUCGCCAAAGGCAUCUCUGCUCGCUACUAAUAAGGUUCCACUUACUGCCAAAAGUAACCACAUUUACACCAUAAAGAAGCGUGAUGUUCCCAUCACUCCAGAAAACUACAGGGAGCUUCUCCUUUUUGGCGUCCUGUCGCCAUCGCCACUACUGCAGCUGUCAAUCACAGUUGAACAGAUAUGUGUCCCAUUGCUGUCCAAUAGCCUAAACCAUUCCACAUGGCCACAUCUGUUGUCGGAGGAUAUUACUCAGAAUGCAGAGAAGAUAUGCCGUAAAACAUCAGUUGUGCGGCGAAGGGCUUCAGGGGAAUCUUUCCUCCCUAUGCCCACUGCGACAGAUUGGCUGGAAAAUGUGACCAGUACCUUUGAUAUGUAUGGUAGCCAUGAUCGUGCACUGGCCCAUAAUAUAGAGACCUACGUCAGUCACUGGACCAAUCUGAUCCACAAAAUGUUGAAGGAGGAUUCAUCAGACAUACUUCUGAGCGGUUGUAAUCCAGGGCCAAGUGCUGAGCUAAAGUUCUGGGCUUCCAGGAAGAGCAAUAUUCAGAGCAUAUAUCAUCAGCUUCAAAGUCCUGUUGUGGAGAAAAUGGCAAAGAUGUUGGAGAUAAUGGACAGCAGCUAUCAUCCUGUAAUCAAGACUCUGAAGGGAAACGUGUUUGAUGCACUCCAAGAAGCUAAAGACAUAGACCUCCAUCUACAGCCACUGUACGGCCAACUGUCUCAAUUGGAACAAGACGGACUCCCUCAAUUUGAGGGGUCCAUCCCUUUGCUGUUUCACUUGUUAUUCCUGAUCUGGACUAACUGCCAAGCUUACCAAAGGCCCACACGAAUUGUGGUCUUACUUCAGGAGCUUUGCAAUCUGCUCAUUGAACAGGCAUCUACCUAUUUAUCCGCUGACUUGUUACUGCGAGAGGACCCAGAUGAAGGUGUACAAAUGGUGACGAGGGUGAUACAAGUCUUUCGAUGUUUCACAGAGAGUUACCAGAGCCAAAGGGAGAGAUUGGCCAACCAUUCAAAAAAUGCACCCUGGGAUUUCUCAUCUGCUAUGAUUUUCACACGUUUCAACUUCUUCCUUAACCGCAUGCAACAACUGGAGGAGUUUUUUGAAAUAAUGCUGGAAUAUAAAAAGAUGGAAAAACUGGAAUUUGGUGGAGCAAAAGGCAAAUUCUACAGCGAGCAUGCAGCUCAAAUGUAUGUUGAGUUCAAUGAGCUCUGCCAGUUGUUGAUACACAGCAAUCACAGCCUUCUGGAUUGCACAUCUCAGGAUUUUGACCAGGAUUACAAAAAUUUCAAAGUGAAGAUUGAGGACUUUGAAUGCAGACUUGCCAGCCUUCUGUGUUUAGCAUUCAAGGACUGUGCAGGACUGGAAUCAGCAUUUAAACUGUUAACAAUUGUUGGACCUCUCCUUGAGAGAGGACACAUGAGACAAAUAUUCAGUCUAAUCAUCCCUUUGCUGCGGCAACAAUUCCGAGAUGAGCUCGAAAAAUGUAAAUGGCUCUUUAAGUCACACUUCAGUGAGAAGAAGAGUUGCUUUGGAAAGAACAUUGCUUACACAUCUGCAGAGUUAAAGUGGGCACAAAUGAUCAAAGAACGCAUUGAAACCCCGUGGGAAAAAAUUAGAUUUCUCUUUGAAAGAUCUGUGGAAGGUGCGGAGACAGCAACAAAGGAGCACCACAUGCUCAAGGAGAUGAUGAGGCUUCUACAUCAAUACAAGGAAGAUGUUUAUUCUAAGUGGUGUGACGGUUUGGAGCAAGACUGCCAGAUGAACCUGAACCAACCUCUUAUUAAUAGAAACGCCUCAAAUGACCUCAUCUCUGUCAACUUUAAUUCAAAGCUUGCUGAAGUCUUAAAAGAUGUAAAGUAUAUCCAAACACUCAACAUUACCAUUCCUGUGGCUGCCAUGACUGUUUUUGAGAAACGUGACCUCUUUACAAAGUAUGUGAGCAGUCUGCAGCUUGUAAUGCAGUGGUACAAUCAACUCAAACAGACCGUGCUCGAGGUGGAGCUGCCUCUGAUCGCAGCUGAGCUGACAACCAUAGAUCAACAACUGAAAAGAGCAGAGACUCUCAUGACUUGGCAAGACCAGGACUGCUGGAGCCUCAUUGACACGACCAAGGACCUGGUCCAUGACCUUAUGUGCCGAGUCAGUCGAGCAAAGGAAAACCAUGAUGCCAUGCAAAGGAUGAUGAAGAAUUGGAGCAAACAGACUUUGUAUUGCAGAAAGGACAAUAAGAAAAGCUCACCGCUGCAGCUUGAGGACAGGGGAGACCGUGUUAGCAAGAUAUAUAGCUCCAUAAAACGAGACGGAGAGUCCAUCCACAAGUUGGUGCAGGAGAACAUGACACUUUUUCAUGCAGACUCUGAUUCAGAUGCUUGGCAGUCCUACCUGGCAUAUGUAGACGAGAUGGUAGUUGAGGGGUUCUUCUGCUACAUCAGCCACUCGCUCCAGUUUUUCAUAGAUAACAUGGAAUCCUAUCCCAAGCAAGCCCCUCUCUUUGAGCCUCAAUUGACGCUAACAGACCUGGGGAUGACCUUUAUCCCAUCUCUGGAGAAAGAGGCGGGGGAUGGCUUUUAUGAGCUAAUAGAACGACUUAUUGGAGAUAUAUUUAAGACAUCAGUGAAUGUCAACAGGUUGGCUUCUUAUGUAAGCACGGACAGCUAUCAGGACAUAAUGGAAGACAUGCUGGAUUUGUUGGACCUGCGAAAAGAAGUGAUUGGCAGAGUGGAGAAUGUUCUCAACAAAGCUGUGUCUUACCAGCGACAGUUCGAUUGCUAUAGCCAUCUUUGGCAAGAUUGCAGGGCAGAGUUCCUCAGCCAGUUCCUCCUGUAUGCACAUGCACUAACACCUGAAGAAGUAGAGGCUCACAGUGCAGAUAUUUUGCCAGAAAAUCCUCCUACCGUCGAAGAUUUCACAGAACAGAUUGAUUAUUAUGAGGGCCUGUACUCUGAAAUAUGGAAGCUUGAAGACUCAAGUUUGUUUGAUGGAUGGUUUCGGGUGGAUAUCAAGCUCUUCAAAACCAACCUUCUGAACACUAUAAAGAAGUGGAGUUGGCUUUUUAAGGAACACCUUUUGACACAUGUCACUAACAGUCUUGAUGAGCUGCAGGGGUUUAUCCAUACUACUGUUGAAGGACUUGCAAAGUGUGUGCCUCAAGGGGACCACAACGGUUUAGUGGAAAUCAUGAGUCACCUCUUGGCCAUAAGAGACAGACAACCUGGCACAGACAAUAUGUUUGAGCCUCUCAGGGGCACAGUAAUUCUUCUGGAGCGACAUGGAGUGACUAUACCCGACAAGGUCUAUUUUCAGUUAGAGGAACUUCCUGAAAAAUGGAGUGGGGCUAAAAAACUGGCCUUAAAGGUGAGGCAUGAAGUCUCCCCUUUGCAAAACGAAGAGGUGUUGGUUUUACGAAGACGUUGUGUGGAAUUUGAGGUGAAACAAAGCCAAUUCCGGGAAAUCUUUAGAAAAGCUGCACCUUUCAGUUACAAAACAUCACAUCCCUACAUCAGCCUGGAGAAUUCAGAAAAAGCCAUUCGAGACAUGGAGAAAGAGUUGACAGAAUUGCAGCGGUCAACACACCUAUUUGAUGUCUCAAUCCCUGAAUUUAGAGACAUCAAGCUCUGCAAACGAGACAUUGUUGUUCUCAAAGAACUGUGGGAUAUUGUUGUAUUUGUGCAUACCAAUGUGGAAAACUGGACAAAGAGCAAAUGGAGGCAGAUCAACGUGGAGCAGAUGGAUGCAGAAUUGAGAGGGUUUGCGACGGACAUGCGGAAGCUUGACAAAGAAGCUCGCAUGUGGGAUGUGUAUUCUGGUUUAGACUUUUAUGUUAAGAAUCUGCUGACAUCCCUGCGGGCCGUGAGUCGGCUACAAAAUCUUGCAAUACGUGAGCGCCACUGGGUACAGCUUAUAAGAACAACAAAGAUGAACUUUACUGUAAGUGAUAGCACCACCUUGGCAGAACUCUUGGCGCUCCAACUGCAUCUUUACGAAGAAGAGGUUCGGCACAUCGUGGAUAAGGCAGUUAAGGAAAUGGCCAUUGAGAAGGUUGUGACAGAAAUAAGUCAAAUUUGGGCAUCAAUGGAGCUUUCAUAUGAGGAUCAUUACCAAACCUCUGUACCACUUCUUAAAUGUGAUGAGCGGCUCAUUGAAACGCUUGAGGAUCAUCAGGUUCAGCUCCAGGGCAUCUUCCAGAGCAAGCAUGUAGAUUACUUUCUUCUCCAAGUAGUGGAGCUCCAGAAACAGCUCACUGUAGCUGACUCUGUGCUGAUGAUCUGGAUAGAGGUACAAAGGACGUGGGCCUAUUUGGAAAGCAUAUUUAAAGGCUGCGAUGACAUCUGCCAGCAGCUGCCAACAGAUGCGCACAGAUUCCGAAUGAUAGAUGUUGAAUUUCAGGAAUUUAUGGUAGACAGUGCAAAUACCAAAAAUGCCAUUGAGGCCACCAAUAAACACAAGCUAUUUGAAAAGUUAGAAGAUCUUCAAAAAAGACUGACUUUGUGUGAAAAAGCUCUUGCGGAAUACUUGGAGACCAAAAGACUUGCGUUUCCAAGAUUCUACUUUAUUUCAUCAGCAGACUUGUUGGAUAUUCUCUCUAAAGGAAGUCGCCCUAAAGAUGUAACGUGCCACCUCUCAAAACUGUUUGACAACAUGUCCGAUCUGGAGUUCUCCAAAACUCAUUCCACACUUGCAGUGGGAAUGUACAGCAAGGAAAAGGAAUAUGUACUAUUUCAGAGGGAAUGUUACUGUAUUGGAGUGGUGGAGGCAUGGCUUACCUGUCUGGAGAAGUCCAUGAGGGAAAGUGUCAGGGGUCGACUGUAUGAGGCUGUGUCUGUGUAUGAGGAGAGGCCCAGAGAGCAGUGGAUUCUUGACUUUCCGGCCCAGGUUGCUCUGACUGCGUCACAGAUAUGGUGGAGUAACGAUGUGGAGCUUGUCUUUAAAAGAAUGGAGGAAGGAUUUGAGUCUGCACUUAAAGACUAUAACAAGAAACAGAUUGCUCAGCUAAACAUGUUGAUUGACAUGUUGUUAAAUGAAAUGAGUUCAGAAAACCGACAGAAGAUUAGGACUAUUUGCACCAUUGAUGUCCACGCAAGAGAUGUUGUUGCAAGUUUAAUUGCUCAAAAGGUUACCACCUCGCAGGCCUUCCAGUGGCUUUCCCAGCUCCGCCACUGCUGGAAUGAGCAGCAGCACCACUGUUUUAUUAACAUAUGUGAUGCCCAAUUCCCUUACCUUUAUGAAUACCUUGGGAAUACACCACGUCUUGUUAUCACACCCCUCACUGACCGGUGUUACAUCACUUUGACCCAGUCACUGCACCUGACCAUGAGUGGAGCCCCAGUAGGUCCUGCUGGAACUGGCAAAACCGAGACCACAAAGGAUCUUGGCCGAGCCCUGGGUGUCAUGGUGUAUAUAUUUAACUGUUCUGAACAGAUGGACUACAAGUCAAUCGGUAAUAUCUACAAGGGUCUGGCCCAGACUGGAGCAUGGGGCUGCUUUGAUGAGUUCAAUCGCAUCCCUGUCGAGGUUUUGUCUGUUGUUGCCAUGCAAGUGAAAACAAUCCAGGAUGCAAUUCGGUCUAAAAAGAAAAGGUUCCUGUUCCUUGAUAUCGAAAUUCUCUUAAAACCUUCUGUGGGGAUUUUCAUUACUAUGAAUCCUGGCUAUGCAGGAAGAGCAGAGCUUCCUGAAAACCUCAAGGCUUUGUUCAGACCCUGUGCAAUGGUGGUACCUGACAUUGAGCUCAUCUGUGAAAUCAUGUUGGUAGCAGAGGGCUUUUGUGGUGCCAAGCUUCUGGCCAGAAGGUUUACUGCCCUUUAUGCUCUAUGCAAAGAGCUUCUCUCCCAGCAAGACCACUAUGAUUGGGGUUUACGUGCUGUCAAGGCUGUGCUGGUUGUGGCUGGUGCACUGAGAAGAAGAGAUAAGAGAAGACCGGAGGAUCAGGUGCUCAUGCGUGCUCUGAGGGACUUCAACAUGCCAAAAAUUGUAACUGAGGAUGUCACCAUCUUCCUUGGAUUGCUGCAAGAUUUAUUUCCUGGUCUGGAAGUAGAGAGAGAAAGAGACCUGGAAUUUGAAAAGACAGUAAGAGAUACCACUGUUGCUCUUCGUCUUCAGCCAGAGGAGACAUUCAUCCUCAAGGUGAUGCAAUUGGUGGAACUCAUGGCUGUGCGUCAUUCUAUCUUUGUCAUUGGAAAUGAGGGAACUGGCAAGAGCUCGAUAUUGAGAGUUCUCUAUAAAACCUAUGUGAACCUGAAAAAGAAACCGAUCUGGAAUGAUCUCAAUCCCAAGGCAGUUGACAGAGACGAAUUGUUUGGCUUCAUCCAUCCAGCAACUCGAGAGUGGAAAGACGGUUUGCUUUCAUCACUGAUGCGAGAGCAAGCGAACAUGUCCCACCUAGGACCUAAGUGGAUUGUGUUGGAUGGAGACAUUGAUCCGAUGUGGAUUGAAUCACUCAACACGGUGAUGGAUGACAACAAGGUGCUGACUCUAGCAAGUAAUGAGCGUGUGCCACUCAAGUCAUCCAUGAGGCUUGUGUUUGAAAUCAGCCAUCUGAGAGCAGCCACUCCUGCCACUGUGUCCAGAGCAGGAAUCCUCUACAUCAACCUCCAAGACCUUGGAUGGAACCCAUAUGUUGCCAGUUGGAUUGACAAGAGAGAACGGCAAACAGAAAGGGCCCACCUAACCAUACUGUUUGAAAAAUAUGUCCCACGUUGUCUGGAAAAGAUGAGAAACACUUUUAAGACAAUCAUUCCUAUUCCAGAAAACUCUCUGGUACAGACACUCUGCACUUUGCUUGACUGCUUUCUAACGACAGACAAUAUUCCCUCCGACUCUCCACGGGACCUUUAUGAAACAUACUUUAUCUUUGCCUGCAUUUGGGCUUUCGGUGGGGCCUUGUGUCAAGACCAGCUUUAUGAUUACCGUGUGGAGUUCAGUCAGUGGUGGACCAAAGAAAUGAAGACGAUCAAGCUGCCGGCACAGGGGACAGUGUUUGACUACUACAUCGACCCUCAAUCAAAGCGCUUCCUUCCCUGGAGUGAAAUUGUGCCUUCUUUUGAAAUGGAAACUAAUACACCAUUACAGGCUGUUCUGGUACACACAGCAGAGACCCUGCGUCUUCAUUACUUCAUGGACUUGUUGCUGGAGCGCAGACAGCCACUAAUGUUGGUGGGGAAUGCGGGUGUGGGGAAAACCGCACUUGUCAGGAACAAGUUAGACGGUCUGCCAGAGACUUACAAAACUGUAAAAGUACCCUUCAACUACUACAUAACCUCCCUCACGCUGCAAGGGAUCCUUGAACGACCAUUAGAGAAAAAAGCAGGCAGAAACUACUCCCCGGUGGGCAACAGAAGGCUGGUGUACUUCAUUGACGAUAUGAACAUGCCAGCUGUGGACACCUAUGGAACAAUGCAGCCUCACACACUUAUAAGACAGCAUCUGGAUUAUGGCCACUGGUAUGACAGACAGAAGUGGUCUUUGAAAGAAAUAUACAACACUCAAUAUGUUGCAUGCCUGAACCCAACAGCUGGAAGCUUCAAUAUCAACCCAAGACUGCAGAGACAUUUCUCCGUGCUUGCGGUAAACUUUCCAUCAUCCGAAUGUCUGAUGUCCAUCUUCGGGCAGAUCUUGAGCAGUCACUUGACACAGGGCCACUUCAGUCAGCCGGUUCAGAAGAGCAUUGCUGCUGUAGUACAGGCUACUGUAAUACUUCAUCACAAGAUGGAGCUCGGAUUUUUGACAACAGCCAUUAAAUUUCACUAUAUGUUCAACAUGCGAGACUUGUCCAACAUUUUUCAGGGGCUACUUUUUGCAAAGCCUGAAAGUGUGAAAGACAGCACCGAUCUGGCUCUGCUAUGGCUACAUGAGUCCUCCAGAGUGUAUUCUGACAGGCUGGUAGAUGUGAAAGACCUACAGCUCUUUGGGAAGCUCCAGAUGGAGACUGUGCAUGAAUGCUUUGAGGGAGUUGAAAUUGAAAAUAUGAUAAAAGAGCCCCUUCUAUUUUGCCAUUUUGCCAAAUUCGGUGAGGAGUCCUCCUACACUGCUGUUACGGACUGGUCUGUGCUUAGGACCACCCUUACGGAUGCUUUGGAAAGCUACAAUGAGCUGAAUGCAACUAUGGAUUUGGUGCUGUUUGAGGAUGCAAUGCAACAUGUUUGUCGCAUCAGUCGUAUCCUGGAGUCUCCUUGCAGUCACGGCUUACUAAUCGGGGUCGGAGGCAGUGGCAAGCAGAGCCUGACUCGCCUGGCUGCCUACAUUUCCUCUGUGGAAGUCUUCCAAAUCACUUUGCACAAAGGUUACAGUACACAGGACCUCAAGAUGGAUCUAGCAGGUUUGUUCCUGAAGGCUGGCGUGAAGAAUCAGCGUGUGGCUCUUCUCAUGACUGAUGCACAAAUACCCGAUGAGUGCUUUCUGGUCAUUGUUAAUGACUUUCUGUCAUCAGGAGAAAUUCCUGAAGUCUUCAGCGAGGAAGAAAUUGAAGGGAUUGUGUCCGCUGUGAAAGCGGAUGUCCGAGCUUUUGGGCUACUUGAGACCAAGGAGAACUGCUGGAGAUUUUUUAUUGAAAGAGUUCGACUUCAGAUGACGGUGGUGUUGUCUUUGUCUCCAGUGGGCAGUCAUCUCCGACUAAGGGCCUGUCGAUUUCCUGCUCUCAUCCAAUGUACCACCAUUGACUGGUUCCACCCUUGGAGCUCGCAAGCUUUGCAGUCGGUCAGCUACACAUUCAUCCAUGAAAUUGACGGCAUUGAGCCUGCUGUCCAGGAAUCCAUCAGUCUUUUCAUGGCCUACGUUCACACCAGUGUCAACCAGGCAAGUGAAAAAUACCAGUGCGAUGAGAAGAAGUACAAUUACACCACCCCCAAAAGCUUUCUCCAGCAAAUCACCCUGUACAGAAACCUUCUGCAAAAGUCCCGCGACCAGCUUCAGCUCAAGAUGAACCGCCUUGACUGUGGCCUUCAAAAGCUCCAAAGCACUGCCACUCAGGUUGAGGAUAUGAAAGCCAAGUUAGCCGACCAAGAAACUGAUCUGACCUUUAAAAACCAAAAUAUCGAGGCUCUUAUUGCAAAGAUUGGACUUCAGACUGAGAAAGUUAGCAGCAAGAAAGACGCCGCAGAUGUUGAGGCACAAAAGGUGGCUCUAAUCCAGGCAGAAGUGUCAGUGAAACAGAGAGAUUGUGAGACAGACCUGGUUAAGGCAGAGCCUUUGCUGACAGCCGCCACUACAGCACUGAACACCCUCAACAAGGUAAAUCUUACUGAGCUGAAGGCCUUCCCCAACCCUCCCCCGGCAGUCAUCAACGUAGCGGCAGCCGUGAUGGUUCUGCUGGCUCCCCGUGGUCGGGUUCCUAAGGAUCGGAGCUGGAAAGCAGCACGGGCCUUCAUGGGCAAGGUGGAUGAUUUUAUGCAAGCUCUGGUGUCAUAUGACAAGGAGCACAUCCACGAGUCAUCUUUGAAUGUGGUGAAACAUGACUACCUCAGAAAGCCAGAGUUCCACCCUGAUCAAGUUCGGACCAAAUCUACAGCUGCGGCAGGACUCUGUGCCUGGACAAUUAACAUUGUUCGAUACAAUGAGAUUUAUUGUGAGGUCAUUCCAAAGAGACUUGCUUUAUUACAAGCUAAUGCAGAGUUAGAAACAGCAACAGCUAAACUGUUGGCGAUCCAAAAAAAGUUGGUGGAUUUGGACGCUAACCUUCAGAGCCUCACAGCUCAGUUUGAGACAGCAACAGCAGAGAAAAUCAGUUGUCAGCAUGAUGUGACCCACACUAACCAGACCAUAGAGCUGGCCAACCGACUUGUCAGAGGCUUGGAGUCAGAGAACGAACGUUGGUCACAGGGGCUUAUUCAAUAUAAAAAGCAACAGAAAACGCUUUGUGGUGACGUUGCCCUCACCUCAGCAUUUGUCUCCUACAUGGGUUAUUUUACCAGGCAGUAUCGUGCAGAACUCCUUAACGAAAAAUGGAUUCCUUUUCUCAAAUGUCAAAAGGUCUCCAUACCCCUGACAGAUGGCCUGGAUCCCAUCCUCAUGCUUACAGAUGAUGCAACUGUGGCUGCUUGGCAUAACCAGGGCCUGCCGAAUGAUAGGAUGUCCACUGAGAAUGCCGCCAUCCUGACCACUGGUGAGCGUUGGCCGCUCAUCGUCGACCCACAGCGGCAGGGCAUCAAAUGGAUUCGAAACCAGCAAGGAACCAAGCUUAGGGUGGUGCAACUAGGACAAAAAGGGUACCUUGAUGUAAUUGAAGAGGCACUAGUCAAUGGGGAGACAAUGCUGAUAGAGAAUCUGCCAGAAAGAGUUGACCCAGUCUUGGAGCCUCUUUUGGGCAGAAACACCACCAAAAAGGGAAGGUGCAUUCAGAUUGGAAACAAAGAGUGUGAAUACAACAGUAAUUUCCAUCUUAUUUUGCACACCAAACUGGCCAAUCCACACUUCCCUCCUGAAUUCCAGGCUCAAGUCACUCUCAUAAACUUCACCGUGACCCCUGCUGGUCUGGAGGAGCAGCUGCUGGGACAGGUAGUGUCCCGGGAAAGACCUGAUCUAGAAGCCCAAAAGAUGGAGUUGACCACACAGCAGAACCACUUUAAGAUAGAGCUGAAUAGGUUAGAGGAUGAUCUGCUAAGUCGCCUCUCUGCAGCCUGCGGUAAUUUCCUGGGUGAUAUUUCUCUUGUGGAGCAACUUGAGAACACCAAGACUACAGCGGCUUACAUCCAGGAUAAAGUGGUGGAGGCCCGUGAGAAUGAGACAAAGAUCAACGAGGCUCGGGAAAUAUACCGCCCUGCUGCUGAGAGAGCAUCACUCCUCUUCUUCAUCAUCAAUGACCUCAACAAGAUUAACCCCAUGUACCAGUUUUCUCUCAAGAGCUUUAUCUCAGUGUUUAGCAAAGCAAUGGAGUCCGUGAUAUGCGAGGAACAUGUGAGCAGUAGAGUGGCAGCUCUCACUGAGGCCAUUACCUAUUGUGUAUUCCUAUACACAAGCCAGGGCCUGUUUGAGAAAGACAAGUUAACCUUCUUGUCACACACUGCCUUCCAGAUUCAGCUUAAGCGGAACCUGAUUGAUGCACAGGAGUUUGACUUUCUCCUGCGUUUCUCGGUGAAAAGUAGCAAAGUUAGCCCCGUGUCCUUCCUCUCACCACAAGCCUGGGGAGCCAUUAAGACCAUCUCUACAAUGGAGGCUUUUAACGGACUGGACAGAGACAUAGAAAGUUCACAUAAACGCUGGAGAAAGAUUGUUGAAUCCAGUUGUCCUGAGAAGGAAAGACUUCCGCAGGACUGGAAGAAUAAAAGUUGCAUGCAGAAGCUUAUCAUCUUGAGAGCUCUGCGGCCUGACAGGGUGACCCACACCUUAAGGAACUUUGUGGAGGAUAGCAUGGGAGACAAAUACGUUGAGGCUUCCAGGCUCAACUUUGACAAGUUGUAUGAGACUAGCAGCCCAUCAACACCUGUGUUCUUUAUCCUCUCACCAGGUGUUGAUCCACUUAAAGACGUAGAAAAACUAGGAUUAAUGCUGGGAUUUUCAAUUGACUCGGGCAAUUUUCACAAUGUUUCAUUGGGACAGGGACAGGAAGAUGUAGCUGAAAGGGUACUUAAGAACUCCUCUAAACUUGGACACUGGGUCAUUCUGCAGAACGUGCACUUGAUAGCGCGAUGGCUCCCGGCUCUAGAAGCGCUCCUGGAGACAGUGGCAGUGGACAGUCACCCUAGCUACAGGGUUUUCAUCACUGGAGAACCCGCACCGAGCCCAGAGCAGCACGUCCUCCCAAGAGGAAUUCUGGAGAACUCCAUUAAAAUCACCAAUGAACCCCCCACUGGCAUGAACGCUAGUGUUCAUACAGCCCUUAACAACUUCAGUCAAGACACUCUGGACAUGUGCUCACGAGAACAGGAAUUCAACUCCAUGUUGUUCUCCCUCUGCUUCUUUCACGCGUGUGUCACGGAGCGACGAAAGUUUGGCCCUCAAGGGUGGAACCAUAAGUACCCUUUUAGCACUGGGGACCUCACCAUCUCAGCUAAUGUUCUCUUCAACUACUUGGAAUACAACACCAAGUCCACGCAGGUACCUUGGGAGGAUUUGUGCUAUCUCUUUGGGGAAAUCAUGUAUGGAGGACACAUCACUAAUGACUGGGACAGAAGACUGUGUAAGGCCUACCUGCAAGAGUUAAUUAAUCCUAAAAUGUUUGAAGGGGAGCUCUGUCUUUGUCCUGGCUUCCUGGCUCCUCCAUUCAUGGACCACAGUGGAUACCACACUUAUAUUGAUGAGCACCUUCCACCUGAGAGUCCCAUUUUGUACGGCCUUCAUCCCAAUGCAGAGCUGGAGUGCCUAACUCUCAUCUCAAACAACCUCCUAAAGAUUCUGCUGGAGCUGCAGCCCCAGGGCUCCUCCAGAGGAGAGGGGGAAGUCUCAAACACAGAAGAGAAGGUCAAGUCCAUCAUUGAAGAUCUUCUUGACAAGCUUCCUGAUCGGUACAACAUGGCAGAGAUUACGUUGAAGGCAACAGAGCGAAGCCCGUACAUUUCAGUUUGUUUGCAGGAGUGUGAACGCAUGAACCUCCUGCUAGAGGAAAUGAGGAAGUCUCUUAACAAGUUGGAUCUUGGCCUGAAGGGAGAACUCACCAUCUCCUCCAGUAUGGAAACCCUGCAGUUGGCCUUGUUCAAGGACUCUGUUCCAGACUCCUGGGCCAGGCUGGCUUACCCUUCUACUAAAACACUUACACACUGGUUCACUGAUAUCAAGUGUAGUUGUCGUGAGCUGGACAGCUGGAUGCAGGACUUUGUUUUACCUGCAGUCAUUUGGCUCUCAGGCCUCUUCAACCCGCAGUCUUUUCUUACUGCUAUCCUGCAGAGCAUAUCUCGUAAGAAUCAGUGGCCCCUGGACAAGAUGACGUUGACUGCAGACAUGACAAAGAAGACAAAGGAGGACUUUGGCCAUCCACCACGUGAGGGGGCCUACAUUCAUGGCCUCUUCAUGGAAGGAGCACGUUGGGAUACUAACUCGGGAGUGAUCGCUGAGGCUGUUUUGAGGGAUCUGACUCCUCCCAUUCCAGUGGUGUAUGUCCGAGCGGUGCCAUCAGAGGAACAGGAGCUCAAGAACACUUAUGAAUGUCCUUUAUACCGCACAAAACGGCGCGGUUCCACGUAUGUUUGGACGUUUUACCUCAGAAGCAAACAGCCUCCUGCUAAGUGGAUUUUAGGUGGCGUGGCUCUGCUGCUUUCAGUGUGACACAUUUUAGCAUUUGACAAGUAUUUUGUGGCUACAGUAUUAUGUAAGCAGUUUGCCGGCCAAACAAUUUGUUCCAGCAGUAUUCACUUAAGUCAACUUUUAUGUACACAGUAUAUAAUGGUUUAUUUGUUUCAGACAUGCUUAACAAAUUACAUUAAGGAACAUCAUAUGGUUACAUUUGUACAGUUCAACAUCAAAUAGGAAGAAGCAGAGCUUUUUUAAAAUCCUGUCCUUCUCCAUAUUUAAUAAUUCAUUCAUACCUUAUCAUUUACAUACUGACACUUACAGUACAAUGUUUUGUUUGCUUAAAUUUUUGUCGUUUAAAUUAUGUUCAUAUUUUUGUUUCCAUUUUGUAAUGAAAGAAAACAUCCAUCCAUCCAUCCAUCUCUUUUCUACUGCUUGUCCCUCAGGUCGUGGGGGAGGGAGGGGGGGGAAGAGCUGGAGCCUAUCCCAGCUGCACUCCAGCGGAAAGUAGGAUACACCCUGGACAAGUCAUCAUUUGUUAUUAGACAUGUUUUUUUUUUUUGAUUAUCCAGUAUUUGUAAACAUGUUUGAGGAACAAAAAUAAGUGAGAACAGGCUACAUGUUAAAUUGGUGGACCAGACACUGUUGAACAUCUCCCUUGGGAUGAUUCUAUCUGGCCAUGAUUUGUAGAGAGCUUAUGUCUCCAUUUUCCACCGUGUAAUUCCGGAUAGGGAGCAUAUUUUAUUGGAAGGUCAAGAUUAAAAAAAGAUCGCUGGCUGCCCUCUGCUAACUGAAUGAUACACAAUGCUGUCUGGAGAAUUCCCGGCUUGAAUUCCCAGGAGAUGAUGUGCAUGGUUGCUAUUGACUUUUAAAUGAGGUGCAUUUGACAUUGACCUUUUGUACGGCUUCGGCAGAAUACUAACAGACCAACGUGAUUCAUUCGACCGGGCCUGCUGAGGAAACCUAUUCAAAGGCAUUGAUAGCUUUCUAUGAGACAGCAAAACAUCAGAUUACACAUCUAUUAUCUAUUGCCGCACAAACAAAAUAACCUUAAAGAACAAUUACAGCCCCUUUUCAAAAGGAUUUCUUUUUGUAAGUUAAAACUAAAAUCUGCAAAAGAAAGGCUAUAAUCAUGCACAUGUAUUAAAGAAGCAGUAUUCUAAUAUUGUAAUAAAAAUGAUAUCGCAAAUGAUUGUUUUUUUUACCC